UGUUGCAGUAACUAGUAUUGCGAAUUGCAUAGAACAGCUAUUUUACCGUUCAUUUACAACUACGAUUAAAAAAAUUGCAAUUGUAGCUGCAACUUGGAAAACUCAAAUUGAUGACAACGUGAAUAUUCCUCGGUAUUCUUUAAAAUUACUAUGUCUGAUUGGGAAGAUGAUUGCGACCAACGUGCUGCUAGUACAAAGCAAAGAAUUACAUGGAGAAGCGAAAAAGACGAUGACUAUGGUCGCAAACAAUCUUCUUCGUCAUCUUCAUCGAGAAAAUUUCAGGAUACAAUUGAUAUGCCGCAGAGUUCUGUUGGUCGUAUAAUUGGACGAGGUGGAUCAAAUAUACAGAAACUAGAAUCUGAUUUUAGUGUGAGAGUUGAGUUGGAUAAAAAUCGUGGAACUGUGACUGUUUCCGGCAACAGUGAGAGAGAUGUAAAAGAUGCCAUUAGAGAAAUUAAGAACAAAAUGAGUGAUGCGGAUGGCCGAGAUCGAGAACGUGGUCGAGAUCGUGAUGGUUACUCUUCGAGGAAAAACAGUGACUAUGACAGUUCCCGAAGAAAUAGUGACUAUGACAGUUCCAGGAGAAACAAUGACUAUGACAGUUCCAGGAGAAACAAUGACUUCUACAGUUCAUCUUCUUCAAGUCGUUAUGGAGGAAGUGGUGGUGGUGGUGGCGGAGGAAGUAGUUCCAGUAGAUAUCAAAGCAGUUCUUAUGAUAACAAUAGUUAUGGUAAAGAUUCAUCGACCGCUGUUAAGGAUGACACCUAUGACAGUGAUUCGGGCGCAAACAAUGGUACCGUAAUCGAUUGGGAUAAACUGAAUAAAAGAGCCGAAGUGGAACGCAAAAAACGUUGGGCAAAAUGUCCUCCAUUGCGCAAAGAUUUCUAUAAAGAACACCCAGAUGUGGCUAAUAUGAAUGCCGAAGAUGUGGCACGCAUUCGUUUGAAGAACAAUAAUACGACGGUGAGUCGUGUCUUUGCCAAGGACGGCAACGAUGACAUUCCAAACCCGGUUACAAAAUUUGAACAUUGUUUUGGUCCAUAUCCCGAUUUGAUGGCAGAAAUACAAAAACAAGACUUCAAAAAACCAUCCCCAAUUCAGGCGCAGGCAUGGCCGAUACUACUGAAGGGAGAAGAUUUGAUUGGUAUUGCCCAGACGGGUACUGGUAAAACGUUAGCCUUUUUACUGCCAGCUAUGAUUCACACCGAAUACCAAAGUAUACCACGUUCCCAGAGGGGUGGUCCCAAUGUAUUGGUAAUGGCACCCACUCGAGAAUUGGCUUUGCAGAUAGAAAAAGAAGUCAAUAAGUAUUCCUUUCGUAAUAUGAAGGCUGUUUGUAUUUAUGGCGGUGGCAGUAGACGUGAUCAAAUUGGAAAUGUUGAAAGUGGAGCGGAAAUUAUUAUUUGUACCCCAGGACGUUUGAAUGAUCUCAUACAAGCCAAUGUUAUCGAUAUUGCGACAAUUACUUAUUUAGUUUUGGAUGAGGCUGAUCGUAUGUUAGACAUGGGUUUUGAACCUCAAAUAAGAAAAAUAUUACUCGACAUACGUCCGGAUCGUCAAACCGUUAUGACCAGUGCCACCUGGCCACCAGGUGUGCGACGUUUAGCCGAAAGCUAUAUGAGCAAUCCAAUACAAGUAUGUGUUGGAUCUUUGGAUCUAGCUGCCACCCAUACAGUUAAGCAAUUGAUUGAAAUUGUUGAGGAGGAUGAGAAAUUUUAUAUGGUAAAAAGUUUCGUUAAAAAAAUGUCUUAUGAUGAAAAAGUUAUCAUAUUUUGUGGCAAAAAAGUACGAGCAGAUGAUUUAUCAAGUGACCUAACACUUGAUGGUUUUCGCUGUCAAUGUAUCCAUGGAUCUCGUGACCAGUCUGAUCGUGAACAAGCCAUUGCGGAUAUUACCUCUGGGGAGGUAAACAUACUCAUAGCCACUGAUAUUGCGUCACGUGGUUUAGAUAUAGAGGAUAUAACACACGUCAUUAAUUUUGAUUUCCCACGCAACAUUGAAGAAUAUGUACAUCGUGUUGGUCGAACAGGGCGCGCUGGACGCACUGGUACAUCUAUAAGCUAUAUAACACGUUCGGAUUGGGCAAUGGCACCCGAACUGAUCGCCAUUCUUGAAGAGGCUGGUCAAAAGGUACCAAGUGAGCUUCGUACAAUGGCUGAACGUUUUGCCAAAGCCAAGGAACGUCGAGCUGAUGAAAAUCGAACAUACAAUCGUAUGAGAGGUGGCCGAGACAAUUAUGGCAAUCGUGGAGGUGGUCGCCGUGAUCGCUUUUAAUAUGUACAUAUUAUGUGUAUAUGUAUUUUUUGUUAAUAUAGACUUAUAUUUUCAUUUAUUUUUCAUAUGACUACAUGAAUUAAAGUUAUUCUCAUGUCCAUUUUUUCAUUUUCCUGAAUUCGAAUUUAACUUGAAAUAAAAAAGUAACCUAAUUUUUUAUAAA